AUGUCGGAUGUGUCGAACUCCUUCUCAGCUUGGGAGACCCUGCCGGAGGACGAACCUCCGCUGUACAUCGCCCAUAGUCACCUCCACGCCACAAUGAGGCGGUACACCGUUGUGGAGAAGAGCUUCUUGAAAUAUCACAUCUCGGAUGGCAAAGUCGAUUACUUUUCUGUGCCGAAAUCCGGCGUUUCUUUACAGGAAAUGGACAAUGGUGUUCAUUUAAGCAUGAAUGACGUGGAAUUUCACGCUAGUUUGAAAGCUGAACUAGAAGUCGGGGUGAAGCCAUUUGAAAAAUGGUCUGUAACAGCUAAGACAAGAGGGAAUGUUGAAGCGGUGUCCGAAAAUGCGAAUAUCGAUGUGAAAUUGAAGUGGAGCAACUUCAAGUUCAUUCCAACUGUCUCAAUGAAUUCGAAUGUCCGUGUAGUUUUUGCUGAAAAUGUAGAAGUUCUAAAAUUUCUCAGCGGAAAAAUAGAAAAGAUGAUCGCAUCCAAGGUUAACAGUAAGGUGCCUAAGAAGAUAGCAGAUGCAAUAAGGCGGCAGGUGAACCCUAGCCUUAAACAGUUCAAGCAACAAUUAGUUUCCAUGGGUUAUAAGAAGUACCAUGUCGACUGGACGUUCAAGCAACAAUUAGUUUCCAUGGGUUAUAAGAAGUACCAUGUCGACUGGACGGUUCAUAACAAUACCCUACGUGUAGCAUUGACGCCUAAAAGUGGAAAAGCAGUUGUUUCACCGGUAACACCAAUUGACAAUAUGUUAUGCCUCAAUGCGAGCAUAGUAUCAAUGAGUAGUACAAACAAAUCACGAGUGAAGAAGGCCGCAGUUACAAAUGGGUUCGACAUCAUCUGCGUGGCACCGAAGUACCGCUGCGAAGAAAAUUCUUGCUCUGCAUGCACAGAUAUCGAUAUUAUUCCUGUAAUGGCGAACUCCACAGAUAGACUCAACAGCUGCCUGCCCGCUAUCUGA